AGUCAAAUUAAGAGCAUAUGUGGUGCUUGUAAAUUUAAAAAAUAGAAGCCAGCUGAGUUCCAGGAAAACUGAAAACUAUGGGAGGGGCCAAAACAGCAUUUAUACUCUGACCGUGGACCUUCUUUCCAAAGCAUACUUGUUCAGUCAGAGGGAUCAGUCAUGGGUGGGCCGGUGCUGCCGAUACUUGUUGCGCUCUUCACGGCACUGAUGGGAGGAUUGUAUCUUCUUGGGGUGUUCAGACGGCGGAGGCCCGGAGAGCCCCCUCUGGACAAGGGUCUCCUCCCUUGGCUGGGCCACGUCCUGGAGUUCCGCAGGGACACGGCAAAGUUCCUGCAGAGGAUGCAGGAGAAGCAUGGCGACGUGUUCACCAUCCAGCUGGGGGGCUUCUACAUCACUUUCCUGCAGGACCCCUUGUCCUUCGGUCCGUUUGUCAAGGAGAGCCGGGAGAAGCUGGACUUCAACAUGUUCGCCAAGCACCUGGUGAACAGGGUCUUUGGCUACUGGUCACCCCACAGCGAGCAUCAUCACCUGCAGCAAUCCAGUAACAAGUACCUGAAGGGGGACGGGUUGGAGAUCCUUACACAGUCCAUGACGAGCAACCUUCAGAACCUGAUGCUGCACGACCUCGGCAAAGAGCAGCGUGCCUGGACAGAGGACGGCCUUUUCAUGUACUGCUACAAUAUCGUGUUCAGGGCGGGCUACCUGUCCCUGUAUGGCAACGUGUCCCCCAAAUCCGAGGACGGCUCGGAGAAGGCCAAAGAGAAGGACAGGGUGGAGUCGGAGGCCUUGUUCUACAAGUUCCGUAAGUACGAUCAGCUCUUCCCGAACCUGGCGUAUGGUGUCCUGGCUCCCAAGAGGAGGCUGGAACUGCGAAGGCUCAUGGACUACUUUUGGGAUGCUCUGGCGGUGCGCAAGGUCAAGAGCAAAGACAACAUCAGCGGUUGGGUGUGGGAAAUGCAGCAGGUGCGCGAGGAGAUGGGCAUGGACGAGGCCAUGAUCGACAGGUACAUGUUUCUCCUCCUGUGGGCCUCGCAGGGCAACACGGGCCCAUCUGCUUUCUGGCUACUGCUCUACAUUAUGAAGAACCCAGACGCCAUGGCGGCCAUCAAGGCCGAGGUGGACCAGAUUGUCCGUGAGUCGGGCCAGGAAGUGAAGCGCGGCGAGCCAUUACUGAACGUGACGCGAGAGAUGCUGAUGAAGACCACCAUCAUGGACAGCGCUGUGGAAGAGACCCUAAGACUGUGCGCUGCACCCCUUCUCACCAGGGCCGUGCUCCAGGACAUGACGCUGAAGAUGGCAGACGGCCAAGAGUUCCUCAUCCGCAAGGGGGACAGGAUGGCAGUCUUCCCUUACACUGGCGUGCAAAUGGACCCGGGCAUCCACCCCGACCCGAUGUCCUUCAAGUACGACCGCUUCCUCAACCCCGACGGGAGCAAGAAGACGGAGUUUUACAAAGACGGCAAGAAGGUGAAGUACUACACCAUGCCCUGGGGAGCCGGGGUGUCAAUCUGCCCCGGCCGCUUCUUCGCCACUAAUGAGCUAAAGCAGUUCAUCUUCCUCAUGCUGGUCUACUUUGAGUUUGAGCUUCUGGAUCCCAACACAGAGGUCCCCAAAGUCGAUGUCCGGCGAUGGGGCUUUGGAACCAUGCAGCCCGACAAAGAAGUUCCCUUCCGAUACAGACUCAGAUAUUAAAGAUGGACUAACCAUGGAGCAAAAUAUAGACUAUUUAAAAGGGAACAAUCCCAAAAAGCGGGCACCUGCUUGGAAAGAGUUUUCCGAUGAGAACACUCUACGUAGGCAAUGUUGUAUACUAAAUCAUUAUUUUCAUCAUUUUUAUGUAGUGCUCAACAAAAGUAUCGAGAUUGCUUUGAGUAACGUUCUGAUACAUUUGUUGGGAAACUAAUAUAUAUCUGCUUGUAAAUAUUUCAACGGCUUGAAGUGAUGGAUAUAUUUUAAAUACUUUUGUUUCAAAUGAAGGUCACGUAGAAUGAAAAUUAAAGUCUGGAAAGGAGUAGAGCUCUCUCAGAAGGUAACGCACUUUGUGAUGAAGAACAGCUGUGCACAACUUGCAAAAUGUGGGACCGCUUAACAUGCUUGGCGGAUUUGCCUCGGGAUUGAGUUUAAAUGAUUUUGGAAGAUUCUAUUCAUUAAAAAAAUAAAUCAAUAAAAGCAGUUGUAAUUAUGUGUAAAUGGAAUGUUGACACUUUAGUAUGUAGUCCAGCAUACUUUUUGUUUCACUUGGUUUGUGUUUUAGUCUCGGAUCAACAGGAUGUGUUGCAUCAACUUACCUCAUAAAAUAAAGUGUGGAAAAAAAA